AUGCAGGUUCUCACCUUGUUUCUGCUGCCCAUGGCCUUUCUCCUGCCCCCUGGGACUUGGGCUGGGCAGAUCAUCAGGGGCUGGGAAGCCCAGCCCCACUCCAGGCCCUACAUGGCCUUUCUGAAAAUACGAAAUGGAAAAAAAGUGUCUCAGUGUGGUGGUUUCCUGGUGAGGAGAAACUUUGUGCUGACGGCCGCUCACUGCAAUGGAGAUGAGAUCACCGUGACCUUGGGAGCCCACGAUCUUGACCAAGAGGAGACGACACAACAAGAGAUUCCCAUCCUCCGCCAGCUUCCCCACCCGGAUUAUAGCAAGAAGAAUUUAAAAAAUGAUAUUAUGCUGCUGCAGUUGGCGGGCAGAGCUAAGCUGAACAAGUGGGUGAAGACCAUCUCCCUUCCCAGCGCCAAGAAGCGUGUGAAACCCGGGACCAACUGCAGUGUCGCUGGCUGGGGAAUCACUGAGCGAGGGCAGAAAUCAGGGGCCUCCAAGCUGCAAGAGGUGGAUGUGGAGGUGCUGGAGGAUGAUGAAUGUUUGGGGCACCGUACCUGGCCCUAUUGUCACUACGACCCCAGCACCAUGAUGUGUGUCGGGCGAGGAGAGUUGGGCAAAGACUCUGCAAAGGGCGACUCCGGGGGGCCUCUGGUGUGCGGAGGCAAAGCCCAGGGCAUCGUCUCCUGUGGGGGCUGCAGCCCCCCCGGGGUGUACACCAAACUCUCCCACUUCAUCUCCUGGAUACAGAAGACAAUGAGGCGGUCACAGCCCAGCGCCCUUCCAGGAUCCACUGCAUAAGCCACCGCGGUGCCCCAUGUCAGCCGGAUGGUGACCACUUCUGGGAGAUCCUCAUGGUCCAUCCUCCCCUAUGGUGGCCACUGGCUCCUGUCUGCACCCGCAAGGCUUGCAGGAGGGGAACUCAGCACAGGCUGCCCUGAACUCAUUCUGGGGCAAUUACCAGCCCGAACAGCCUCCUGUACUUGCCUCCCUGCUUCGUAGCCAGCAUGGAAUAAAA